AUGCAAACUUAUGCGCCAAUUAAUAUAGAUCUUGAUGAGGUUAAAACUUUUGUCACAUUCGCUGUACGGUUUGCUACUGAAAACUUGCUUCACAAAGAAUACAAUAAGAUGAAAAAUAAUUUAGACAAAAAUGUUAGGCCGGCAGUUAAAUCAACUUCUACUGGAAAAAAUGCUAAAAAUAGCAUUUUUUCCAGUUUCAAAAAACAUAAACCAGCUACAGUUGAAGAGCUUUCAGAUUAUUUAAAGCUCAAGAAGAUUGAUUUUGACUGUGAUCCUUUUGCAUG